AUGGCGCCGCAUGAUAUCCGACGGCCGUUCAAGCGAGCCGCCAUGUCCGACCAGCAGAGGCGGCGGGAGCAGGCGCUGCUCCGCCAGGCGCAGCACCGCGCCGAGGCCCAGAACCGGGCGCGGUUCCUGGCUUCAUCCGUGUUGGGGCUUGAGGAUCAUUCCGAGCCUAACUUGCCGCCCGAGUCUACGUCAGAACCAGAGGAGGACGCCGACGCCAUCCCCAGGGAGCUGGACGUGAUACAGGCAUCGAAGUUGAGAGGCUCCGAGGCGCGGCUGUGGUUUUCUCGCCAGCUCAUGUUCCCCGAGUGGAUGAUCGACGUCCCGCUGCGUCUGGAGGAAGACUGGUUCGUCUCUUCCUGAUUCCGGGGUUCUUUCUAUUUUUCUCGUACAAUGAAGUUUGUAACUUGCAAUGGAGCAAUGGGGGUUCCGAAACAUAAACACAAAGACUAUAGCUUUUGAUUCCUCCUUGAAUCGGUUGGUUACAACAGAGUGCAUAGUUUUUCUGUGAUCUUGAGCACUCUGCCCGAUUAUACUUUGCCAAAAACGUUUUAUUCAUACAAAAGUAGCGGCUUUCUGAUCAUUUCUUUUUUUUUAGCUACGGUCUUUUAUAAUUUUGGUUCUUGAUUUUCUGUUGUAUUUAUCUAGGUUUUGCAUGUUCCAUGCACAAGCAUCGUUGACCAGGAAAAUGAGUUGCGAUGGGUUCUGGGUUAUAAGACGAAUUAAAUGCACUAUCGCCUGUAAACUACGUAAACAUCUUUAAUAUUUCCAAUUUUGCGUGAAGAUUAAGACAUGGAAAUAUUCUAAAGGUAGCUUUCAUCCAAGAUAGAUUCACGUGUUGAUGAUUUGCCUUUUUAUGUGUAUGGAAUUAUCCAUCCAGUCCGUUUUUAAUGUGGGCGUCAUUAUGUGCUGUUUUUAGGAGAUGGAACACCUGCUGAUAUUGUCAUUCUCACGGUGACUUCAGAGUUUUUGAUGCUUUCUUGUACAUUAAAUUUUAUGGGUGUCAGGGCUUAGCACUAUAGAUUUAGUCUUGGUGCAACUGUUCUUGGAUGCAAUAUUUUUCAUGAUGAUAGUAAACUUAUAUAAAUUAUUUUAUGACCCUCUGCAUUCGCAUGGUGCUGAAAUAUUGAUGCAAAAUGCAAAUCCCUUGCAUGGCAUCCUUUUCGAUGCCCUGUGCUGGAAGUGAUUCAUGGUAGACAUGAUUCAUGGCCUUCUGGGGGGCAUGUUUAUAUUAAGUUAUGACAAGAUAUUUUCGAUUUCUGUGAUAUGAAUCUUAGUAACAGUAUUAUGGAAGAAUAUGAGAUUGAUUUUGGGGUGGGAUAUGUGUUACAUAUUAUUGUCCCAGAGCUUACUGUGACACCCCUGGCACUGAGCACCGUGUGACACUUCUCUCCUGAAAAUCGCAAACUUUUUCUUUGUCAAUUACAUAUUGAAGAUAGUUUUUCUGUGUUGUAGGUAUGUCUUCCCACGGCCUGAAGGGAAGCGUUGUUUUGUGGUUUCCUCUAAUGGAACUACAAUAAGUAGAUGCCGUAAUGGCUCUAUGUUGCAUCGGUUUCCAUCUAAUCUUCCCUGUGGUGCGAGGACAAGAGAUGGUUCGGGGCCCAGUCAGUCGUAUUGUAUCCUAGAUUGCAUUUUUCAUGAGGUGACAUAAUUUCACUGGCUAUCUGAAUUUUUAACUGUCCCAUCUUUUGUUUAUUUCUGGGCAGUUUACUUAUUUAACCACUGUUUAUCCUAUGCAGCCCGAUCAAACUUACUAUGUAAUUGAUAUGGUUUGUUGGCGAGGCUACUCGUUAUAUGAUUGCAGUGCUGAGUUCAGAUUUUUCUGGUUAAACUCCAAGCUUAUUGAAACUGGAGCAUGUGAUCCUCCUUCAACAUACCACAAAUAUAGAUUUAGCACUUGCCCUAUUUAUGAUUGUAGCCUGAUUGGUCUUCAAACAGCUUAUUCAGGUGAUGUGCCAUAUGUCAAAGAUGGUCUGUUGUUCUACAACAAGUGAGUGUCAAUCUGUUUGAAUCACAUUUAUAGCUGGGAUUUACUUUUUAUCGACAGAGUGCAGUGUGUUAACUUCUUUCAUGGUAUUAUUUUGCUACUUGCAUUUCAGGGAGGAGUGAAAAUCUGAACUAUCUCAGUUGGAGAACAAGAAGAUAAAAUUUAUUAAUUUAUCCUUGCUGUGAGUGGAGAGACGAAAAUAUUGGAUUUUAAGCCACACGAGGAGAAAUAGGAGCGUACUAUCCUAUUUUCGCUGCUUUAUCGUAAUAAUUUUGGUGAUUUUCCAAAACGUAUUCGUAGGCCUAUACAGAAUGUAUUCAUGAAAAAUCUAUGUAACAUAAACUUUUCUCUCCCUUGAAGCAUCUGGUGACUGUUGUACCUUUGAUCAUGCAAGUUGAUGUCAGAUAUAUACUUGAAUAUGAAAUGCAGGACUCGUCUUCCUGCUGCAUCUGCACCUAACCCAAUCUGCUCUAGCAAGCAUGCUCUCCAACUAUUUCACCAAAUGCCUAACACAAAUAAUUGUGACCUCCAACGAAAGAGCCUUCUGCUAACAUGCAUUAUCUCUGAGAAUUUGUUUGAAGUGGCAUCAAUGAACGUAAAUGGUCUAUGCUUUCUUUGGUUAGGUGUCCACAUGAUGAUAUCUGAUGAGAACAACAAUCACGAUCUUGCUGUUAAAGUUGUCUCUUGCACUGUAGGUCUCUCUUCCAUCUAUAAGUAUAAGAUCGUGCUUGCUAAAUGAAAAUUCUUUCAACAGCUGUGCUCAACAGUAGGUUGGGUUCUUUUCUUUUUAACUGCAUUUUAAUUUCUCAACUGCUUGCCAAGGUUUUUAGACUAUGUUUAAAAAUACAGUGCAGACCUCCCUGGACAACGUGGAGUUUUGAUACCGUGUUAAAGUAUUUAGUCUUCAACUUCGGAAUCAAUAUUUAGGCCCAAGUAUUUUGACCACAAAUUUUAAUUUUUUCCAACCAAUUUUAGGAUGUUCUUCUAAUAUCUCUAUCAUAUUAGACUUUUUUUACUUCAUAGCUAAGUACCAUGUUUAUGACUCGAAUUUACCUUCUUAAAUUCUAAAAUAGCCUUUGAUAUUUGGUUUGUAGGCACGCUCAUUAUCAAACAGGGAACACACCGUUGGCAUUGGUAUGGAAGGAUGAAUGCUGUAGUCAAUAUUUUCUUGAUACAGACAGUAAAGGACAAGUUCCAGACCGACAACUGGUUUGUGUACUACAACAGAAAUAUCAGCUAUGGCAUUCCUGGAAUUUAUUUAUUGGCGCUAAAAUCUGCAUAAAUAUCUAAGCAAGUUAUUUCCAUCUAUGGUUAGAAUGUGUCCAUUAUUUGUAGAGAUUAAUUUUACUAAAGUUUCUUUUCUUGUUACUAAAGUUUUACCAAAUUCACAUAAAUUGGCACAUAGAAUGACUAAUCGAAAGAUGGACUGAUAAAAAUGACAUGCAAAGAGCAGGGCAAAAGAAUUCGACUUUCUUGUUCUUUAUAUCUUAAUAUUAUUAGCAAUCGAGAUCAUUAUCCUCAAAGAGGGCUUGAGAUCUUUGAUCCUCGGAGAUAUCAUACCCAAAUUGAAAAUUUAUUGGUUUGUUUGACAACAAGGAGAAGAAAAUGAUCCUAUUGUAUAAAUUAUCAUGUUUGAGGACAGUCCAUUGAAAACAUCACUCUACUUUCAGAAAUAGAAGGAAAAUCAGUGUUUCCGUUUUGAUCUGAUCUCUCUGUAGCCUGAGAAUGUUCCAGUCAUUUUACAAUACGGAAAUUGAACUCCAGAAAGGUUUUUCCAAAACGGAAAUGGUUUCUCUUAAGGAAUUCUCUAGUCAUGCUGUAGUGUAGUAUUCUGACUAGUGCGUAACUGUGGGACUAAGUAUUCUGCCUAGUAUUAUGGACCAAGUUAUUAAAGAUGCGGGUAAGGCAGCAGCCUCCUAUUCCUUUUUAUUUAUUUGUCAAUGUAUUGUCUUUUGGUAUGACUUAUUUGGGGGUGGUGGGGAAGCACUGUUUAAGAGCAUCCGGAUUUGGGGUAGAUUAGAGAGUGCUGAGACACGUAUGUGACGAAGAUGGAUGCCUUUCUUUCUCAAUCCUCAUGUUGAUCGUGCAAAAGGGUGAAUAAAGUGAACUUAUAUUUUCUACACUUUGACAACUGAUCAGGUAGUCUUGGAGUUGCAAGAAGAUGGAAAAGUAACGAGCUCAGAUGAACCUCCUGUUAUGUUUACUUGCCUCGGUGAAGAGUUUAUAGAAAAGGUAUGUUUCUUUGAAUAACUUCGGCUACUAUAUCUGCUUUCAGAUCGUUGCGUCAUGCCUUGGCGAGGUGGAAAAUGUACAAGUUUUCAUUGGUUUGGUUGCAUUUCUAGGGGUUGAUGUGGAUUUAGGAAGGCACGUUAUCUUAUUAGUCAUUGUACAAUUUCUAUCUCUAGAAGAACAUUGCUGGGAUCACAAAAUUUUGUUGAAGCAAUGGAUCUGUGACCAUCAAAUCGAGUCCAAGUAGAAUAAAAAAUUAUUAGAAAUAUAUUUUGAAACGCAUCGGAACUUGGUAGAUUCAUCAUUCAACAGUGGAUGCAAAAUUUCAUUAAAAAAAAUUGAUUGCCGCAAAACUUCUACACAGGAUUAGCUCUGGAAUGCGUAGGUUGUUUUCGAUCAUCAGCUUAAACAUGUGGCAUUCAGCUAGAAUUCAUCAAUCACCGUUGCUUGUGCCUUCCCUGAUCUGAUGUCUGAUUUGAGCUUAUUUUUUCCCAAUUGGCAGGCAAGUUUACGGCCACAGUCUCUUCUACGCUUUGCUAUUGGUGAUGGCGGCUUAAAACUGGCUGAAGGAAGGCUCGAAAUGGUUGAUUUAAUCUACAUUGGAAAGUCUAACUCUAGACGUGGAUUUGCUGAUAGUUACUCCAAGGUAAAUUCUGUGAAUGCUGGUACUGUUUUUUUUUUUCAUUAUUGGAGCAGGUACAAGGCUAAAUUUAAGCUGGCCAAGUUUCUUUGCCUCAGAUAGUCACAAAUACUGUUCGCUCAAUAGUAUGUUAUAUGAGAAAUCAUGAACUCCUCAAUGGAUGCUUUCUAGACCAGUAUACUCGGAGCAGUGACGUUGAUGCUUUGUUCAGUUUGUGACUUCUGAGCUCAUUAGCAUGUGACUUCUGAGCUUCCCUACUUUUUUGUUCUUAAAGGCCUUUCGUAAUUCUUCCCUCUUUGGCCCAUAAAUAUUAUGAUAUUUAUUUUGGAAUUUCUUCGCAAGAGGAGGUGUUGACAAUUAUAAGACAUCUUUACAUUUUUUUUAUAUUAUUUUGAAAUUCAAUGAUAGGUUAAUAAAUAGCUUGCCAACAUUCUCAUAAAGCCUGUGGGAUCCCCCACCCCCCCACCAGAAAACCUGAAAAUAAAAUAAAAUUGGCCUGGUCUGGUACCUAUUCGAACCUGGAUAGAUUCUAGAUGGGGUUCAGGCGGAAACCCUGUAGCGCAUCUCUCUCUCUCUCUCUCUCUCUCUCACUAUCCAUCUAUCUGUCUACAUAUAUUUAUAUAUAUAUGUAGCUAUGUAUAUGCAUAGACAUCUAUAUAUCCAAGACGCCCUCUUUGACCCAGAGUCAGUUUCUUUGGGCUUUUCCUAAAUCUUGCAAAGAUAUCCCAAGCUUGAGCUGCAGUGACAACCCUAGUAUAGACGGUUGUGACUGACUGUUGACCUUAGCAUAGGAUACUCAGCUUUCAUAUAAAUGCGUGCAUUCAGACAUUACAUCCAGUUUCUUGUAGCCCCGGGGCAUCCUAGAUUAUGCAGAAAGCCAAAUUAUAAUAUCCUUGGAGAAGCAUAGCAUUUAGGUUUUCUGAUUGAAAGAAUAACUUUAUGCUUUUUUGUCCUCACCUUGACAAUUCUACCGAAGCUGAUGUCUAUUUCCAUUUAUAAUGACUACUGCACUAUUGCACACUCAAGCUCGCGUAAUUACACAGCUCUACUUCCAAAAUCAGGUUUAGUGAUUUCCAAGAAAAUUCACUCAUUUGGCUGAUGAGCUGAUUAUGUUUUUGGUGUGCAGGUGUUGUUCCAGUUCACUGCUCGCCACAAUCCUCUUCGUUUUGAAGAUCUUGUGGCAUCCCUGCAAUCGUCUGUGGGUCAGUGCACAGAGUCUGAAGACAUCGUGAUGACUGAGUAG